GGCAGCCGAUAAAUAAUUAAAUAAACAAACGAUUCAAAAGCGGUUUUUCAAAGAAAUUAAAUAAAAAUAGAAUUUGUAAAUAGUACCAUAUUCACAAUAAUUUAUCAAUAUCGUACAUAAUAUCCAUCUAUGCCAUGGCCAAAGCUGAAUCUGCCGCUAGAAAUAAUGUGGAGAGUCUUAACGUAGAUUUUAUGCGGUCUCUUGUGAAACAGUACUCUGAACUGGGGCAAUGGACAAGUGCAUUUUUCUGGGCGGAUGCGGCGGCGGCGGCGGCAUCGAGUGGGCCCGCGGCGGCGGCCAGCGGGGACGACAUCUGGCUGCUAGCCAGCGCCAUGCUGGCCCGGGGGGAGCUGCACAGGGCGGCGCAUGCUGUCACAUCUAGACAGCUGCAUAGGAGGCACCUUUUGUGCCUGGGGGUGGCCAUGCGCGCCUACCUCGCAGCCAAGGAGCCUAGCACCGCACUCACUAUGCUGGAGGAGUGCGACCCUGCUCUGUUGGAACCACGCAGCAUGGACCAGACACACAAUCGAGCGUUGGCGGGUGUGCUGGUGUGGCAGGCGCGCGCGCUGGCAACGCUGGAGCGGCGCGAGGCGGCCGCGGACGCGCUGACGGCAGCCUUGCGCGCUGACUGCGCCUGCUACGAGGCGUUGGAUCUGUUGCUCGAGCAGCACGCGCUUACUCCUAGCCAAGAGAGUGAGCUAAUAGAGUCUCUGCCCAUCAACAAUCAAAUGAGUGCAUCGGAAGCUGCGCUGCUGCGAGUGGCCUACCGCGACCGGCUGCUGCGGUACGCGCCGCUGCACAGCGACCAGUCGCCCAGCUCGGACGGGGAUAGCAAUAGCAUGGGUCCAGUGGAGUCGUGCCGAGCGCUGUGCGCGGAGGCGGGCGAGGCGCUGGGGCGGCGCCUGGCGGCGGGCGGGCAGUGGGCGCUCGCGCUGCGCGCGCUGGACCGCGCGGGGCCGGCGUGCUGCCCCGACGUGCGCGCCGCGUGCCUGGUGGAGCUGCGCAAGAGCGCGGAGCUGUUCGCGUUCGCGCACGCGCUCGUUGACGCCUACCCGCAGUCGUGGACGGCGUGGUACGCUGUGGGCUGCUACUACUACCUCAUAGGUAAGAGCGAGUUCGCCCGGCGUUACCUCAGCAAAGCGUGCGGGCUGGAGCCGGGCGCGGGCUGCGUGUGGCUCGCCUACGGACACAGCUUCGCGGCCGACAACGAGCACGAUCAGGCCAUGGCGGCCUACUUCAAGGCGAGUCAGCUGAUGCCGGGCUGCUACCUGCCGCCGCUGUACGUGGGCGUGGAGUGUUCGCUCAACAACAACGUGAGCAUGUGCGAGCGGUUCAUGGCGCGCGCGGCGGCGCUGCACACCAACGCAGAGUCGGGCUCGGCGGGCGACGACGCGGACAUAGAGAACAAGGGCGGCUGGGAGCGCAUCGCGCGCAGCGUGAAGUCCGCGCACGUGGCGCACGAGGCGGGUGCGGCCGCGUACGCUCAUCAGCAGUACGAGGCCGCCAAGGAGCUGUGGCUGAAGGCGCUCCGAGCCGCCGGCCCGCCCGACCAGUUAGCGCCGUGCUGGGCGGCCACGCUGGACGCGCUGGGGCACGCCAGCCGCGCGCUGGGGCAGCCGGCCGAGGCGCUGCGCUGGCACGAGCGCGCGCUGGCGCUGCGGCCCGCGCGGGCCGGCUCGCUGGCGGCGCGCGGCCUGUGCCUGGCGCUGCUGGGCCGCGAGUCGGAGGCGGCGGACGCGCUGCACGCGGCGCUCGCGCGGGACCCCGACCACGUGGUCGCUUUAGCGCUGCUCGAUGCCAUCGUCGACAGACUCGACGCCGCUUUGACCGAGGAGGAGAUCCCACAGUUCCCGUUCCCAGCGGUGGAGAUCUCGACGCCCGCGCCCCGCGCCUCCCCGCCGCCCGACACAUCCGACAUGAGCAUGAGCAUGAGCUUCGACUGAGCUGCGUACCUCUCCUGGCGGCGCAGUCGUACUGGCACGCCGAAACCAUCAGCUGCACGGUUCUCGAGCACAUUCAAAUCAUAUUUAGGGCCAGCGCACAUCUAACGAAGCGCAACGCAACGCAUUUUUGUGACCUAUUAUGACGGAUAAAAAUAAGUGAAGACUGUCCAUAGUGUGUGCUUGCCCGAGUAAGAAUCGAGGCCUACAAUUCAUGUUACUUUAAUUUAAUUUGUAAAUAUAGUUUAAGAACCCCAAAGUGUAUAGUAAAAUAAUACUUCUUAAAA